AUGCACUUUAGUAAAGGCUGGUGGAAACCAGAGAUUUACGAGGGCGUGUUUGUUAAGAGCCAACAUCACUUCACUGUUUUUUUCGUUCAGCGUUUAGAUACUCUAUUGGUUCUUAACAAACCAUCCUCGCACAUCUCUGAUGGAAACGCUGCCCCUGACAGUCACAAUCACAUAUUUAACAGCGUGAUAGUCGACCACCACGACCUGCCGCGGUAUUCGGAGAGAGAUAAGUAUAACGCGGUGAAGUGCGGCACAAGAGAAACAGCUUGGGAAGUGUACUGGGACGCUACCGCAACGACGGGCAACUGCUACUGGCUGUCGUGGUACCAGGUUCAUGGAUGGGAGGUGGCCAAGGGAUAUUGCAUAUCGCACAACUCCCAGUUACUCGUACUCGACAGCGAGCACGAGCGGCGCAUCGUGAGCAACCUAUUGCGGCAGAACGAGAAAAACUUCAUUGCCUCGACGCGGAUCAUAUACGUGGGCAUGUCGGCCGACUAUGACCAAAUAUGGUACACCGUGGAGGGCGACCUGCUGGACGACCUGGGGUACGUGCCGUGGGCGGUUGGCAAGCCCAGCACCGUAUACACCUGCGCCGGAUUUGAUAAGUUUAGCCUCGAGUACACGGAUAUAGACUGCUGGCGACACAAUAAAUACUACUUGAACUUCAUGUGCAAGAAGCGCGUGGAGUCCGAGCUCCUCCGGUACAGUUGAAUGACGAAGAGCUGCGCCCUUUUCGAGCCCGACGGAUACGAAUUACGUAGUGCAUUUGCGAAUUCAAACAAGAAGAAUUUUCUUUACAUU